AUGGGGUCGGCCAUGUUGGUUCUGUCGGGGUUACUCAUGAUGAUGAUGAUGAGGAUGAUGAGGAGUGAAGGUGAGUCAGCGUAUCUGUCAAUCCCAGAGUGUUUCCACGGUAACAGGACAGUUGGCCCCGCCCCUCCUGGCUGUGCUCCUUGUCUCUGUCCUUCCCCUAUCUCUAAGGCUGAGCCCGGACACCCUGAGGAGGAAACCCAUUUCAGCCGCUUGUAUCUGCGAUCUUGUUCUUUCGGUCAUUACCCAAAGUUCAUGACCAUAGGUGAGGAUCGGCACGUAGAUCGACCGGUAAAUCCAGAGUCUCUCCUUACGGCUCAGCUCUUUCUUCACCACCACUGAUCGGUUAAGAGUCCGCAUCACUGCUGACGCCGAUCUGAUCCGUCUGUCGAUCUCCCGCUCCAUCCUACCCUCACUCCUGAACAAGAUCCUGAGAUACUUGAACUCCUCCACUUGAAGGACCGCCCCUCUGACCUGGAGAAGGUGAUCUACCUUUCUCUGACUGAGGACCAUGACCUCGGACUUGGAGGUGCUGAUUCUCAUCCCAACUGAAGGUCACUGCUCCACGAAGAUAAAGAACCACAUCAUCCUCAAAAAGCAGCGACUCGAUCCUCUGCCUGCAGAACUGGACCCCCUCCACCUCCGACUGCUUCUAGAAACUCUGUCCUUAAAGGUUUUCUCAUGUUCUCGUAUAAAUCAGUUCCAGGGAAGUUUGUGGAGAAAUGAAAACAGGAUACUAUGAUGUUAAAAUUAAAACAUUACAAAGUCAGGAUAUCUGAUCUUCACACUCCAAACUUGUUUGAUUUUUGCUGAUUUUACUUCUUUUAAUUCUGUUUUUAUUCACGUUUGAAGUUCAAACUUCAUUGGAAUGUUUUUUAUAGUUUUUGUUCAGACUUUUGAAAACUCCUUUUUUCUUCACUGUGUUUUAAACUUUUGUUGAUGAACUUCUUAUUAACCUUUAAUUUGAAGUCUAUUGAAUGAUAUAUGAAGAAGUGUUUCGAUGACCACAGUGACCACAGCCCAGAGAUCACGGCUGUAAUUUGUCCGUCUUUGUGUCAGAGUCGACGGCAGGUUUUUAUUCUGCAGGUUUUCGGUUUUAUUUCAGAGAAUCUGGACGUAUAGAACGACUAUCAGACGUACGUUUGAAUCUAACAGACAGAUUUCAACAAAAACAAACGUGAACACGACGACGACACAAAUAACAAAAAAAUCUCAGUGACUGAAUCGUUGAUGUGAUCCUGUUCUUUGUCUCUUUAUUGACUUACUAAGAGGUUUAAAUUCAUUCGAUCUACGUUUGGCUCGUCGCUCCACGAUCCGCCACAGAAACACGAUUUGAACUGAGCAUGUGCGAAACCUACGUCACUUCCUCUCUUGGCAUUUCAAUGUAUUUUAUGUCAGUGAGUCGUUACUGUUGAGGGGCGAAGAAUUCCUGAGCUGUCGCAGAGACGGCUCAGAGAGGAAGUGACGUACGUGUCGCACAUGCGGGACGAUCAGGUGGCGACAUGGCUCUUCGUCAUCAUCAUCACUUCCUCUCCGACUGUCAGGAUCUGAAUCUUUAAGAGGGUUUGAUGGUAGACAGCCUCUAGUGGACACUCAGAGAACUGCAGUCUAGACUCCGCCUCUCUCUCAUCGCUGUCAUCUGCCGAUAUUAAAUCAAUAACUUGUAACAGUUAUGGGAUCUUUGACCUUUGACCCCAGCUGCAGAGGUCGUCACAGCCCGCAGUGGGGAGACCGUCCUGCUGUCCUCAGAGGAGCUGAAAGGGGCGGAGCUUAAGCUCAGGCGAGACAUCAGGUGGACUCACCAGCAGGUGGUACUUUCAUCGGAGAAGAACAAGACCAGGUGUCAUCAUGGACGCUGCACCAUGCGGGGCGACGGCGCUCUGCGGUUCGCACACGUGCAGCUGGAGGACGCAGGAAACUACAGCGUGCAGGUGUUUGACGCUAAAGGAGUCAGGCUGAUGAAGACGGACUUCCUCCUGAAGGUUGUGGAGGCGGGGCCAUCACAUGGUAAACAAACAGUACAGGAAGUAGUCACAUCAACACUGAUUAAGACUGUUGGUCCACCUGACACCGUCCAUUUCCUGUUUCCUGUCUGUCCUUCCUUGUGCAGGUACCAGUGUGUCGGUGAGUUUGGUGCUCCUCCUCCUGGUCCUGCUGGUCCUCUUCAUGGUUUUCUUUUUCCUGAGGAGGAGGCGUGGUCAGAGCACGACGUCCAAAGGUACAUCAGUCAUCAAGUUCCUGUACUCCAGUCUGAACCUCAGACCGCUCUGUGUUUCUGUCCUGGUCGUUACUAAAGUUGGUAUAACUAGAGAAGAAGCGGUCGACAACAUUCAUCUCUGGAGGGGGCGGGGUCUAACUCGGGGUUACGGUGGGUUUGACCCUAGAUUAUUUUUACACAGAAUAUCCCUUUAAAGGACCAAUUUAUUUGAUCCAAACUGGAUCCUGAUCUGUGGAUGUAAAGAGGGACAGUCUGGCUGCAGACCUCCACUGAGAG